ACCCAAACAAAGUGGUGUGAAACAAGUGAAGUGCAAGCUUUCCACCAUUACACGAUUUAUGCUUCAAAUAAAUUCCUCAGACCCCUCGGGGUUUAAGUUCCAACGUACCGCAGGGUUUAGGGUUUAUCCCGUCCGCCCCAGAAAAUUACCAAACCAACGUUGGGGUGGCCUACAAACAGAGCAAAUGAUACUCUUUGGAAAACUCUUUCGUAGAAUCCAUAGACGUUUUGUCCUCAAGCCCGAUAAUUCUCAUUUCUUACACACUCAAACAUCUGUUAGUAAUAAUUUUGAGCAAAAGGGAGGGAAAAUUAGUCCAGAAAUUUUAAGCAGGGUCAUAGCAGAAUGCCCAUCAGAUAUCAUGGCCUUAAACUUAUUCAUCUGGUUUGGGAAACAGAAGGCCUGCAAACCAUCUUCACACUCGUAUGAUCACAUGGUGGGAGUGAUGAGAAGAAUUAUUGACAAGAAUGGCAAUGCAAAUGCAAUUGUUGAAGAAUUGCGUGACAUUGGCUGUGUAAUGAGCGUGCAGACUGCUAUUAUGCUUCUCAGAAUCUACAGCCACGCAGGUAUGGUUGAAGAAGCCCUCGAAACAAUCAAGCAAAUGCAUAGCUUUGGAUGUAUGACCGAUAUUUUAGCUCAAAAUUUAAUUCUAGAUGUCUUUUUCAAAACAAAUCAGGUAAAUAUGGCCUCUUCAGCAUUUGGCUCGAUACGUUUUCCUAAUUUUUUCACCUUCACCACGGCUAUCGAUGGCUAUUGCAAGGCAGGCAGCAUGUACGAGGCCCAGAGGGUCCUUAAGGUUAUGAUCAGUAAAGGUUAUGUUCCCAACUUUGGCACAUAUACAAGACUCAUUAAUGGUCUUUCUAAGAAUGGGGAUGUUCAUGAAUCACUUCCUAUAGUGGGUUUUAUGAUGAAGUAUGGUUAUGUUCCUUCAGUCAUUACCUGGAGUAUUUUGAUUAAUGGGCUUUGUAAUGCAGGUCAAGUUGAGGCUGCCUGUAAUUUAUUUUGCAGCAUGGAACGGAGUGGAAGCAUUCCAACUGUUGUCACUUAUACUUGUCUCGUCAAAGGGUUUUGGAAAGCUGGCAUGUUUAGCCGAGCCCUGGAGGUUUGGGAUGCGAUGGUAUUGAAAGGAUAUGUUCCAGAUGUGGUAUCGUAUAAUAUCCUUAUUCAUUGUUUUUGCAAAGAAGAUAGACAUGGAGAUGCCAUCACUCUGUUUAAUGAAAUGCAAAAAAGGGGUUUGAAGCCAGAUUCUGUGACCUUCAGCUCAUUAGUGUCUGUUCUUUGCAAAUCGGGCAAAUUCUUUUGUGCACUUGAACUUUUCACAAAAGGAGACUUUGAAAUGGAUAUUAUUGCAUGUAAUUCCCUUCUUAGCGGUCUUUGUAAGGCAGGACAUCUGUCCAAAGCCCUGGAUCUUUACAAAAAUAUGUUGGCCAACGGGUAUGCAUUGGAUCGGUAUACAUACAGUGCAUUAAUGACGGGACUUCUUAGAGCAGGUAGGGAGAUGGAUGCUAUCAGUCUCCAUGAACUAAUUAUUCGAAACAGCUUGGAUUUUGAUCCUCAUGGCCACACAAUACUUUUUGACCAUCUUAUGAAAAUAGGAGAAGUAAACAAAGCAAUGAAACUUUUCAGGAGGACAUUAGAAUCAAAGUGCUCUGUUGAUGUUGUUGCUUUCACGGUCAUUAUAUGUGGACUUUUUAAGGCUGGUAGACCUGAAGAUGCUCGUGAAUUGUAUAAUCAGAUGUGCAACAGUGGUGUGGUUCCAAACUGCUAUACAUAUAAUGUUCUACUGGAUGGCUUUUGCAAAGCUCGAGAUAUAGAAGCAGCAAAGAAAAUAUUUGACAAGAUGCAUAGUGCAGGCUUUGGUCCUGACACAGUUUCGUUCAAUACCUUAAUAAACUUUCUGUGCAAAUCCGGUCUUGUUCAUUUGGCUUCUGACCUCUUUAUGAAAAUGUUGGAAUUUGGAUUUGUUCCUAAUGAAAUAACUUAUGGGUUACUUGUUGAUGGUCUGUGCUCAGCAGGCAGACCGGAUGAUGCUUAUAAACUACUUGUAAACCAUUUAGAGUUUCACGAUUAUCCAGUAUCUAGUAAGCCUGAUUCAAAUGACAUAAACAACACAAGUUCCAGCAUUAUGGUAGAUAGCACAAAGAAAGGCUUUUCUAGUAAGCCUAUACUAAGUAAUAGCACAUUGCAGAGACUGUUUGAAAGGGUGCAGAUUGCUGAUAAGGAAAAAUAGGCUCCAUGAAACUACUAUUGCAGCCGAAAGUUUUGAAAUUAUGGGGGACAAUGGAGGGUGCAUGGCACUCCUGACAUUCCAAAUGAUGCUUUACAAGUCAAAGGUGCUGGCAACAAGUCUCUCGAAAUUAUUCUUUUAUACAACUUAACACAGAAAACUGUAGCUGCACAACUCAAUUGAAGAGAUUCAACAUAUGCUUGCAUUUUAUAACUGAUGAGGUUUUUGUUCCUGACUGAUAUGUUUCCAAAAUUCACAAGCAUAUAUGGACAAAUUGUUAUGGAUGGAAGGCAGAUGAGGUCCUUCAGAGCUCAUUAAAUACCCUGGAACAGCAACAAAUGGGAGCAAGGAUGGACAGUUAGGAAAUUUGUAAGGGAAGGAAAUUAAAAAGCAGCAAAGUUCAGCACAUAUUUUUCUGACAAAUAGAAUUACAACAUACUCGAAUGCCAAUGGAAUGCAAGAGGUAUAAACUUUAAAGUAAGGGUGUAAAUGCCUACUGAAAUGAGAUUAAUGCGAGGCAUUUAAGGUAUAAUGAAUAUUUUAGCAAUGACCAGAUUUUUGAAUGGAAUUAAAAUGAGGUGUUGAAGCUUGUGAACUGAUAGAAUGUGGUAAUGGCCAGACAGGUAUCUCAGCACCGAAUAAAGGGGUGGAGACAUGAAAAGGUCAUAACUGGUAACAGUCAACAUGGAGGGAAGAGAUUAUCGGACCUAUCUAGUGAACAAGGUGAAAAUUCUUCCUGGCGUUGGAUCUCAGCAUAGUGCAGGUGUGCAAUCUGUUACAACGUGGCUUUUUCAGGCUUAAUAAAUAAAAAGAACUUUACCUAUUUGUUCCAGAUUGCUAAUCCUGUAACAUGCCAAUAAGGCCAGAUAGACUUGGUUGCUAAAGGACGACUUAAACCGAGUGAUGGGACAAUGCUGGAUGCAUGAAAGUUGUAUGGUGACGAUCAAUUUAGGUGGCAAAAUGGAUCGGUAUCCCCAUAAGCUGGCAUAGGACAAUGAUAGGUCAUUCUAUGGUUUUUUCGUAGAGGAAAACGAUGGAUCUUAAUUUAGGAAGGAUCCCAAUGAUCAGAUGUAUAAAGGUUUUAAAUCAUUUCAAGUAGACCAAUGUUUCCAAAGAGCUAACUGAACAACAUUGCAAAGAUACAAUAUUGCAUGAUAUGAUGUUCAUCUUUGUAUUCCAAUCAGCCCAAUGCAACUAGGAAACUUGAUAGAAGAAUCUUGUGACCAUGAUAAUGUUACGGACAUUUAUUAACAUUUUGCAAAUCCUAUAUCCUAUAUUAAA